AUGUUAUUUACUCAGUCUUCCGAAGAGACAGGCCGCCAGCACUCGCAGGUUCUGAAUCCUGCUCCCGAACUGGCUUCAUUUCCCUUGUUCCCCAACUUGCCCUCCGAGAUUCGAUGUAUGAUAUGGCAAAAUGCCAUGACUUAUGAGCGGAUCAUCAAUGUUGAGCUUUUUGACUCUUAUCACCUGCAGAGUCCCCCACAGAAUCGUCAACAAACCAGCACGGGCAAUGCAACUCCGUUUGGCCCAUCGCUGGGUAGAUACACCGCCACUGUCCUCAAUGGAGGGGGUAUGAGUGCGCUCUUUCAUACUACAUCCGAGUCACGGAGGGAAGCAAAAGAGUUCUACCGCGUUCGACUACACAGUGUUUCGUUCAGGAGAGACAAGACUAUGGUGAAUGGAACGCUCUAUCUGUGCCCUGAGUUGGAUACCAUAAACAUCAACAUAAUCGUGGGCAGUCUCAAGGGCUUUGAUGAGUUUGCCUCUGAUGUCUGGAAGAAAGACCCGAAAAAGAUUGGCCUCGUCAGUAUCGGGAUCUCUGCAGAUCUUACCAUGCAAAGCGCCCUACGGAUUAUCCACUCACGACCAGGACGGCACCAAGCUUUCAAAGAAUGUAUUGAAAGACUGGAGCGCAUCAUAUUUGUUCGAGAAAUAACCUGUUACCCUUCUGGUAUUGUAUCCGCCUUCCCAGGUACCGGUGGAGAGUUGAAUCGAUCUGUCCCUAUCGCCGGGAAAUCUGGAGGGGUUGAUUGCUUGGAGGCCGACCCGAGACCGAUUAUGAACGAUCUAAAGAGAGUCUACCUUGGACCUGGCGAUCCUCGCAUAGCUGUUCGUGCCUGGUCCUACCUACUGAUGAAACUGGGAAUCAAGAAUGAUAGCCUAAGCAGAAACUCGAGCUUCAAGCUAUGCUAUGGCGAAACGCGAUUGUUUAAUCAUCUCACUCGUGCGCAAAUAGCCAACAACAACAGGAGAGGCGUGCAUGAGUGGAUGGGGGAGGAUCUGGCUUAUUCUAAAAAGCGUCGGAGAGUAUGGGAGAUAGCCGAAGAGUCUAGAGAAGCACCGCAGCUGGCUAUAGGAUUCUGGCUCUUCCCUUUGGAGAGUAUCGGACCGCUCUAUGAAAAGACAAAGAGGAAGGGAGAACGUAUCAGACCCGAUGCGGACAGUCCAACCCCUGUCAAACCUGAGUUCGACCGGGUCGAGGAUAUGACAAAAUAUCCACCAAAGCUUUAUUUGUGUCAUUUACCUACCAAGUAG